AUGGAUGUAUUUAGUCUGGCUGAAGCUAUACAUUGCCUUUUGCCUUCUAGCUGCAGGAUUCUGACACUUGAACAAACAUGGAUGCCGUUGAAUGUAGGCAACCUACGUCGCAUACUAGCAUUCACACGGCCCAAACGGCUUCGUCUUAGCCCAACAACUGGGCUCCCAGAGGCACAUUGGCCGGCAUGCCUUAUCGCCUGCCUUUCUGCUCCCUUCGUUUCUCGCCAAAAAUCCAUCCUUUCUAACUUGUUCAGCCUCGAGCUUGACGGUUAUGGUCUUACAGUAUUCCAGCUCCGGCAAAUACUGGCGCCUGAUGCUAUCGUCAUUAAACUCCCUGCUCUUGUUCAUUGCUCUGCCCUCAUCUAUCCGGAAUCCGACGCCCAAGUUAGUCGACUACCUCGUACAGACUCUGGCGCCUCUCUGAUCAGUCCCAUCGCCUCCCGCUUGACUUCUUUAAAGCUUGAGUUAGUCGGCCUUUCGGCCGAAUUGGGCUUGCCAGGUUUUCUCUUUGAAUUAUCUUCUGUUUGCUCUCUUACAAGUCUAUCAUACUUGCUAAAGACAAACAGUCAACUUCCUUCCUUCUCAUUUAACCAGAUUUAUUCUUACGAUGCUUUUUUGGCAACUCUUAGCACUCUCUUUAUCUCAAUUGACACUAGUUUUUUCAAAUUAUUGCAUUCUACUCUUCUAUAUAAGCGACCUGUCCUCCUAGACAAACUUGUUUUAUCCGCGGACACCUUUCGUUCUCAGAUGCAUGAAUAUAUCUCUCAACCCAACACCUACUUUUGUCUAUUCUCUGUACCUCUGUCCCCCGUUCCCAUAUUCUUCCAUGAAAUUGGCAUUCUUGAAUCUACUUCACAUGGACUCCUGACUUGCCAAGAUGCCUUUCGUGAGGAUAGUCUCACGAAUGCCAAUCAGCUGAUUCUUCACCUCGCACCUUGCUCCAUACCUCAUAUCGAGAAGGCAUCAGUGCUUGAUGCGAUGGGCCAUUCAAAUGACUGUGAAGAAAAUAAAUCUUCGGUUCUAUGGCUGGCCAAAAGUGGCUAUUUACGGAAUAUUACUUGCCUAAAAGUAGAGUGUCCUAUGCCCGAGAAUGCCUCCCUCAAUCAGGGCUCUGCCGCCUGUAAUAAAUUUGUUGAUUAUCUGCACGAACAUUUCUCCUUUUAUAUCUUCGUCCUCCGACCCCUUUUCGACUUCGGUUUUUAUGUCUAUUUGACUCAACUGUCUCUACCAGUCACUCUUCUGAUUGCACUGGCUUCGCUGCCUGUUGGUCAACGACACCUGCUUUUCCCUACGUCCGAUUCAGACUGUUCUUUGCCCUCUGGACGCCAUUUCUCCAAUUUGAUCUACCUUGCUGUUACCUCCCAUCCAAGUAGUGAGCUGCGCUACUCUACUUCACAUUUCGUGCCUCCAGCUUUCUUAUCUUCUUCCCCUUCUGACAGUCUAGAUCUUGAUAACUGUCUCCUUGAGAUAUGCAGGAUCUGCCCUAAACUCGAAGAAUUAGUUGUCUCUCCUCUGCCCAACUUCAAGCUCUAG